CACCCCCCACACUCUCCCAGCACACAAAAGCAGUGCAAUUAGCUGUCUUAAGAGAGCUGAGGCUUUACCAGCUGUGAGCCGAAAAUAAUAAAAUACCUCAGAGGCAGAGCACAGGCAGGGAAGGUGGCGGCGGCGGCUGUAGGAGAACACAAAUAGCUGCCAUCAGCAUCUGAAACAAAGGGACAGCUCCUUCCAAAAAAGGGCCAGCACUGAUGCAUCCAUCCAUUCUCCCAAGGAGACAGCUGGGCCCACCUGCAUUUCUCUUAAGACACUGGACAUCCUAAGGAGAUCCCUGCCCUAGGAGGAGGAAUGAACAGCUGGGAUACAGGAGUGGUUGUCUUUGUUCCUCAGUAGAGAGAACAGGCAGGCGAACGACCAAGCCUCCCGGCACGUGACACUUUGUGUGACCACAACCCCUCCAGGAGCAACAUGGGCACCACGGAGGCCACGCUGCGGAUGGAGAAUGUGGAUGUGAAGGAGGAGUGGCAGGACGAGGACUUUCCCAGACCUCUCCCAGAAGAGACAGGAAUGGAGUCUCUGGGCAGCCCUACAGAAGACGAGAACACAUCUUCUCCUCCUAACACGUUAAACUUUAACGGGGCGCAUCGUAAGCGUAAGACGCUCAUAGCACCUGAAAUCAACAUUUCACUGGACCACAGUGAGGGCUCCAUCCUGUCUGAUGACUUCCUGGACACCCCUGAUGAUCUGGACAUUAACGUGGAUGACAUUGAAACCCCAGAUGAGACGGACUCCCUGGAGUUCCUGGGAAAUGGGAAUGAGCUGGAAUGGGAAGAUGAUACACCUGUAGCCACAGCCAAGAACAUGCCUGGGGACAGUGCUGAUCUGUUUGGGGAUGGAGUGGCAGAAGAUGGCAGCACUACCAAUGGGAGACUCUGGAGGACUGUUAUCAUUGGGGAGCAGGAACACCGCAUAGAUCUGCAGAUGAUCAAACCCUACAUGAGAGUGGUGACACAUGGAGGGUAUUAUGGAGAAGGUCUCAAUGCCAUCAUUGUCUUUGCUGCUUGCUAUCUCCCAGACAGUAACUUGGCUGACUACCAUUACAUCAUGGAGAAUCUCUUUUUGUAUGUUAUCAGCAGCUUGGAGUUGCUGGUGGCCGAAGACUAUAUGAUCGUAUAUCUGAAUGGAGCCACACCACGUCGGAGGAUGCCGGGCCUGGGCUGGUUGAAGAAAUGCUAUCAGAUGAUAGACAGAAGACUGAGGAAAAACCUGAAAGCUCUGAUAAUAGUGCAUCCUUCGUGGUUCAUCCGGACAGUGCUGGCUAUAUCCAGGCCCUUCAUCAGUGUGAAGUUUAUCAGUAAGAUCCAGUACAUUCACAGCCUGGAAGACCUGGAGCAGAUCAUCCCUAUGGAGCAUGUGCAGAUUCCCGAGUGUGUCGUACAAUAUGAAGAAGAGAGAAUCAAAGCCAGGAAAGAAAGAGCAGAAGAGAAACAAGAUAUGGCAGAAAAAGAAAGGUAAAUAUCCCAUAGUUGAUGCUA